AUGCAAGGACCAGCAGGUUCCUUCUACAUCGACGUCAAUGGUCCAUUUGACUAUAUUCUCGAAAACCACGCACCAGGAGAAACACGGUUCCCUCUACUCUGUCAUGGUGAAAUUGGAAGCGAGAAUAAUCCCGACGGGCCUGGAAACAACAGCCCCGUCAGAUUCACGUUCUUUUCCAACGCCGCUCAAGCAGCAAAAACGAUAUCUCAGAGUCAAAACCUGACCUCUGAUACUGUAUCAACGACCCUAGUUGGAUCUUCAAUGACUGAAACAACGAAGGGCGUAUCUGCAAAUACAACAUCAAUCAGCACUAGCUCAGUAUUACUAUCGUCCGCAUCGCCGUCGAACACACCAGCGGUUUCAACGAGAACGAGCUCAGAAAGUUCUUCCACCUCUUCUUAUGUCUCUCCGCCGUCACCAACCCCCAUCAACACAGGUGCUAUAGUAGGUGGCAUAAUUGGUGGUAUGGCUCUCUUGAGCUCAGUUGUUGUUGCUCUACUAUUCCUACAAAAAUAUAGGCACAACAACGCAGAUAUAUCCCCAGCUUCCAUUGCCACAACUACCGAACCGACGCAACCGAUUUUUAACCUCUUCACAUCUCGACAAAACCGAAAUGGAAAGUUAGGCAUCGUGGGCGUUCAAGAAGGAAAUGAUAUAACGCACCCGCAUCCGGUUAAUGAAGUGUCUGGGACUGGACUUACUUCUAAACCCCCCGGUCGUUUGAGUCACGAUUUUGACGCGAUAGCCAUUGGUAAUUAG